AUGUCGUUGGACAUGCGUGCGUUGGCGCACCAGGCGCUCGAAGCGUCUGGUCGCCCAGACGAGGCGAUUACCGUGAAUCAACGUGCGCUCAUCGACAAGAUUCUGGCACGCUAUUCUGCCGAAUUCACUGUCUUUCGUGAACUGCUACAAAAUGCAGACGAUGCAUGUGCCACCGAGUGCGAACUUCGCUUUGCUACCAAUGCGACUGUGGCACAUGAGCAGUGCCCAUUGAUACCCAAACCACCUACGCCAGAUGUGAAUGCGAUGCUGACGCAGUGGACGUUCCGCAACAAUGGCAAACCGUUCAGCGGCGAUGACUGGCAUCGAUUGCGGAAGCGAAUUGCCGAAGGAAACCCUGAUCCGGAGCGUAUCGGUGCAUUUGGCGUCGGUUUUUACUCGCUGUUUAGCAUUUGCGAAGAACCCAUUGUCAUGAGUGGCGACGAGCUUAUGGGCUUUUUCUGGAAAGGCGAUGCUCUCUUUACGCGGCGGGCUGCAUCGCCCAUGUCCGAUGUCUCAUCCAAUGGCGCGCCAUGGACGACGUUCCUUAUGGCCUUGCGAGAACCGACACCGUUCCCUGAAUCGCCGUUGGCCUUGAGUCAGUUCCUGGCCACGUCACUUACCUUCACGAGCCAUGUGCGAUCUGUGGCGCUGUACUUGGACGAUACGAUGCUUUGCCGUAUUACCAAAGAUGUAGGAGCCCCUGUACCGCUCACGCCCUCCCGUCACUUGACGCCGACGUCGCCACAGCGAAUGCUGCGUGUUGCCUCGAUGUACAUGUCAAACGUGGAUGUGCAUGUGGACGUCGCGCGUCUUGUGUUGUUGGAAGCAGCGGCGGCAGCGGCACGCGAAAAACCGAGUUUACGGCAGACCAUUGCCUCGGCCUUUUCCAAGACGGCGGCGGGGGGCAUCGCCUCGUUGUUCGCCAAUGCGUUUUCUGCACGUACACCCACCGCCGACUCGAUCGCGAGUGAGCAUGCCCUCGAUGCAGCGGCCCAGAUCGAAACGGUACAUGCCUCGAUGCAAAUCCGCAUGAUCUCAGCUCACAUCAAUGUAAGUGUCCCCACUGCGUUCUCGCGCGAAAUUGAGCGGAGUACCAAGAAACCGCCGCCCCGUACAAUGCCGCUGCAUAUGGUAUACAUGAGCAAAGAGGCGCUGGAUGCGAUGGAUGUGCCGCCUGAAGACGCUACGAAUGUCGAUGCGCAUGUCCAAGCGCUCUUUGAAGGUAUACUCCCACGUCUCGAUCAGCAAGGCCGGAUCUUUAUCGGGUUCCGAACGCACCAGACUACAUCAUUUAGCGGUGCUAUGGCUGCGCGCUUCAUCCCCACAGUCGAGCGAGAAUCGAUGGACUUUAUCGAUCGGUACUGCGCGACAUGGAACAUAGAACUCUUGUCGAUCGGUGGCUUUGUCGCACGCGCUGUGUACGAAAAUGAAAUGCAGCGGCUUGGCGCGCAAUGGUUGCAAUUGAAAGACAAGGAGCAGGAUGCGGUGCUAGAGCGGGCCCUACAUGCCAUGCGAUAUUUUGCCUUCCACCGCUCCUCGCCUUCCACACGCGUCGCACAGGCGCUCGAAGAUGCCUUCUUUGCGUGCUGUACACGUCCCUGCAUAUCGCUGCUUUCUACGCAGGGUCUACGCUCCUCCGACCAGGUCCGGUUUCCCAGUGCGAUGCUGGCCGAUUUCUGUCGUGAGAUACCUGUAUUGCCGCCGGCACAUAUUGAGGCGGCAGAGACGUUUGUCAUGCAGUUGCGGGCGCGGCAGAUGGUACGUGAUAUCACCAUGGACGACGUGUUUGGCGAGCUGGGACGUCGGCCACUCUCGCCCGACGAAAUGACGGCGUGCUUGCAGUGGUGGUGCCAAGUAGCGCAGCAUCCCUCGUACGAGCCCUCGUUACGGUCGCGCUUACUCCGCGCGGCGGUCGUGACGACGGAGAGCGGCGUGCAGCCACUGAACGAAGUCACGACGUUUUUGCAUACCGGGAAAUUACCGCCGACUGUUCCUCUUCCGCCGACGUGUCUUGUGUACAGCGUCUCUCGGUCGUUCCGGCCUGCAGAGCUUCAAGCGGUGUUCCCAUGGCACGAGCUGAGCGUCUCUGCGUGGCUUACCUACAUGAUCUCGUUGGACCAGUCGCCCUCCCAGGACGUCCGUACGCAGCAUGGACUUACCCAUUCCCCGGCCAAUGCCGAGGCGGUAUUGAGCACACUUGCCUGGGCCUGGGGUCAUUUGCCGAAAGCACAAAUGCACUCCGUGAUUGAGGAGUUGCAGCCCCUCGCGUGCAUUCCCACACGCGCUGGGAUGCAGCGGCCGGGUGAUGCGUACUUUGCGAGUGUCUCCCUGUUCUCCGAUUUACCUGUCGUCGUCAUGCCGACAAUGCCAGUCAAAGGCCCUCUAGAAAAACUACUAGAGGCACUGGGCGUGCGUCGGCAUGUCGCCAUCCAACUCAUCUUUGAUCGACUGCUCGCUGCAGGAGAUUGGUCGCAUGUCGAUUUGGUGGUAUACUUGGCCAAGCAAAGUACGCACUUGACACCCGCCGAGUGGGAUCGAUUGCGUCAUACUGCGCUAUUCCCAGCGCAAGGCAAUGGAACAGAGCGAUUCCGCGCUGCUGAGCUGUUUGAACCGAGCGAUGUGCUGGCCUCGAUGGGCGUGCCCCUUCUCGCUUGGCAAGGUGCACGUUGGCGUCCGUCGUCUGACGAAGCGAAGCUGUUAUUUGAACUAGGUCUGCAGCGGCACUUGCCGCUUGAUCAAGUACUUACACGCGCAGCCCCACCGUCACCAUCAGAGAUACGGGCACAGGCUCUACGCUACCUCUUCGAGAAAUGGGAAAUCUACGCGUCUUCGUACACCCUUCGACUUGCGUCGCAGUAUGCGUUUGUGCCCGCGCGAGAUGGACAUACCUACCCCCCCGAUCAGGUGUACUCUGACCCGGCCGUCGCGUGCCUGGGAUGGCCUGUCGUGGCCUUAUCACCUGUUGAGGCACUGCAAUUGCACGUGCCUCGCCAUCCACCACCUUCUGCUCUGGUGGAGCGUGUGUGCACUACGCCACCGACCACCGAAGCAGAGGCACGUACCGCCUUUGCGUUCCUCGCUAGUGUGCCUACGCUCUCCGCCAAUGAGUACCGCAAGUUCUCACGCGCACCCAUCGUCCCUGUAAACCAACGUGGCAUGGUCGCUCCGUGUGAAUGCUACUUUCUCUCGUCCACGCCAGCACCGCCAGAGUACCGAGCCGUGUUUGCGUACAUUGACAUGGGCCCUGACGCCAAUGUAUUUUUGCGCGCAUGCGGCGUGACUGAUGAGCCGAGUGUGGGUGAAUUGGUCCAUCAACUGCUCGCACAGCCGAUGCGGUGGUACGAGCUCUGCGGAAAGCCGGAGUCGUACCUCGAUAUCCUGCGCAAAGUCGCGUUCCAUCUCGAUACCCUUCCACGCGAUAUGAUCAAGGCCAUGCGGCAGGCGCCCUUUUUGCUGUGUAUGCAGUCUUCGCGUGAGCAGUCAGAGACUGAAUCCACUGAGUCAAUGACAGCGACGUCGCCGAUCCAGUACGAACUACGACGUGCCUCUGACAUUGUGCUGGUCGACGAUGCUCAUGUGCACAUGCUCUUUGGUGCGCACCUAUGGACAGCUCCACCUGAUGAUGCCAUGGAGCCUCUAUAUGCGACGCUUGGUGCACCGUUCCUCAGCUCACUUGUCACAGAAUCGUUUAGCGUGGCGAGCGAAGUACGUACAGAUACACCCACAACGAACACUGUACGUGCCACGAUCAUGGAGCGCACGCCUAUUUUCCUUUUUGAAAAGCGCACUUCCUCUGCCAAAGAUAUUCAACAUGAUAUGGCAUGGCUUACACAGCACUUGGAUGUCGUCCAAGUCGGCACGCCAGGUCUGCAGCAGACACGUGUUUUGUCGUACAUGAACGCCACAUGGAAAGACGUGCAGCGGUGCUCGGCGAUGAUGAAGACGCACCGUCAGCGCGUUAUCUUACACUUGGCCAGCGAUAUGGAGUUAGAUUGGUUUGAAGUCGCUUCCGCCCUAGCCAAAGUCAUGCUCACGCGGCAAUCCUUGCCGGAUGUCCUUUUGCUUAUGACCGUCCUGUCCUCUCCCCUUCGCAGCCUUAAGCGGAAGGGCUUCCAUGUCGACAAGAUUCUUGCGCAGGCACAAGCCCAGACAUCUGCCCCUGCAAAAGUACGUCCUACCACAACGAACACGCCAGAAUGGAGCUCUCUCGAGCACCAAUUAUGCCAAAUGUUUCCCGAUGUCGAUCCUGCCUACGCUGCGCAGCUUCUUCGUUCGUUCGAGGCGCAGCAUCUCGCGCAGGCGAGUGAGGUUUUACUGCAGGGGGCCUAUCCCCGCGUAUCGUCGGCGUCGCGUGAGGACACGGAUACGAAGUUGCCAGUGCAGCAACCACAACCAAGGCCACCAUCGCCGCCAUCGCCGCCGAUAAAGCCACCACAACCAACGCCAACGCCAACGCCGGCAGCCCCUGCUCUUCCUACAAAAGGAGAGAAAGAACAGGCUAUUAUGGCACCGAAACCUGACAUGCCUACGUCCCUUAUUCAGCAAUGGAAAGCGCGAUGGAGUGGCACAGGAUCGCGACUCUCAUCAUUAGCCAAUGGCACAUCGUCCAUUCGACGCCCUGCUUCGGACGAUACGGCUGUGGCGCCCACUUCCGAUAUCCAGCGCCACGUCCAGAACGCCAUUCAGGCAUCGCGACCUGACGCAUCACGUAUCAUCCAGUCGCAGUCGCAGACCGAGGAAGUACAAAAAGCGGCCAACUCUUACUGCAGCAUCGCAGGCAUCGAUGUGGACCUGCGCCUGGCUGGCCAAGUUGCCGGGAUGAAUGUGUUUGUCAGCGCUGAUUUGGAUGCUGAGGCCACCUUAGCACACAACCAGGCAGCCUUACAUCGUAUGAUCGAGAUGGUAUACCGUCCGAUUGGCACAAUCUUCGGUGUUGAUCCACGCUGCCUGAAUGUGUUUUGUGAUACCAAGGGCCCUUCAAUCGCGUUCAAUCGAGGCGGGACCAUUUUCCUCAAUCUACGAUACUAUCUUGCAUGGCACGAUAAUGAUGUACUACAAGGGCGCUUAACGUCGCCCCUCAUUUCUGUGUACUUCAGCUUGGCGCACGAGCUAGCCCACAAUCUUGUGGCAGCGCACAAUUCUGAGCAUGAAUUCUACUUUUCCAGCAUCGCCGAGCAGUACUUUAUGUCUCUCGCGCAGUAUAUAGCCACGCUGUAA